AUGACACUCACCAAGAUCCUCGUCAUCGGCGGGGCCGGCAACCUGGGCAGCCUGAUCCUAAAGCACCUGGAGGCGUCCGGCUCGCAAUUCCAAGUGACGGUGCUGACGCGAAAAUCGACAUCGUCGUCGUCGUCGUCAUCGACCAACACAUUCCCCAAAUCCGUCAAGAUCCACCAGAUCGCCGACGACUACCCGGAGGCGGAGCUCGUGGCGGCAUUCACGGGGCAAGACGCGGUGAUCAGCGCCAUCUCCAUGACGGGGAUGCACCUGCAGUACCGGUUCAUCGACGCGGCCGUGACGGCCAAGGUGGUACGCUACUUCCCGACCGAGUUCGGGCUGGACGAGCUGCCGGACUGGCUCGUCGAGCUACGGCCCAUGUUCCGCAUCAAGCACGACGUGCGCGACUACCUGGUCAGCAAGGAGAAGGACGGCCUGUCGUGGACGGCCAUCGUGUGUAACGUCUUCUUCGAGAUGGGGGUCAUGAGUGGGUUUUUCAAUUUCCACUGGGAUCAGAAAAGGGUCGUGCUCGUUGAUGGUGGUGAAGUCCAGUGGGUGGCUACGACGUUGGAUACGGUGGGGUUGGCCGUCGUGAGGGCUUUGGAGAGGGAGGACCAGUCCCGCAAUCGGUUGUUGCUGGUCCAGGAUUUCCGCACCAGUCAGAAGGAGAUCUGGGAUCGCGUCAAGGCCAAGACCGGUGGGGAGGACAACGGGUGGACUGUUGAGCAUGUUAAGUACGACGAGUGGUUGGAGGAGGCUAAGAACACGGUCAGAGGAGGUGAUAAUAGUGCGCUUGGGAGGUUGACUUUUGGGACGGUCUUGUUGGGAAGUCAGUGGGAGGAGAGGAAGGAGUUUGGGAAUACCCUGUUGGAUCUGCCGACCAAGUCGUUUGAUGAGGCUAUCGAGAGUGUGCUGAAGGAUGUUUCAUAG